UCGGACAGGGGGAUUACUGAUUUGAUAUUGUGGAGAGAUGUCGCGAAAUCGACACUCUGGUUUGGUGUAGGGUCUCUCUGCUUCUUGUCUUCUUGCUUUGCUCAAGGAAUCAGCUUCAGCAUUUUCUCUGCAAUUUGCCAACUGGGGCUUCUCUUGUUGGGGUUAUCUUUCUUCUCCAAUUCCAUCUGUCAAAGGAAUAAUAUUGAGAAGAGGCGUGACAUCCAGUUAAAAGAAGAUGACAUCUUGAGAGUGGCUAGAUUGAUACUUCCUGCUGCUAAUCUCGCAAUUUCAAAGAGGCGAGAGCUUUUCUCGGGAGAGCCAUCCAUGACCCUAAAAGUAGCUCCGUUUCUCCUUCUUGGAGCUGAAUAUGGCCAUCUCAUCACGCUUCGGAGGCUAUGCGCAAUUGGGUUCUUUGUCAGCUUCACCGCCCCGAAACUAUACUUGCGCUAUUCAGCUCGGAUAAGCCAAAAG